UGAAGAGUCUAUGCUACCUCCUUCUGUGGAGCACUGUACUGAACAUGGGACAUUUUCACUUCGGAUAUCUAGCUCAUACCAUGUCUAUCCUUUGGAACCUCAAUGCAUGAAUUUAUGGAUUUGAUCCUGAAAAUGCAAGAAUAAUAAACAUGACAGUCAUUGGGAUAUUUCUCGUAUCCGCAACAAUUGGGGCUGGAUUUUCAUGGAAAUUGGCAAGGUAUGGGAAGAGAAAGGCAUUGAUUAUAUCGGCACUCAUAUGUCUCAUAGGAAGCUUCUUCCUCUACAUUAGAUCUCUUCCUACGAUGAUUAUUGGAGAAAUAAUUAUUGGCCUUGGAUUCGGCAUAACAAGUGCAGUAGCCCCUUUGUUUACUGCUGAGAUAGCAAAGAGAAAAUAUAUUGAAUACUGAACAGUUACUACACAAUUCUGGUUAAAUAUAGGGUUCAUCCUUCCCUGGCUUUUAGAAUUCUUGGUUCCAAGGCUUGCAGACCUUGGUGACUCUUUGAGUCUUACUGCCAACAUUUAUUCUAAACUGAUUUAAAUCUAGCUCUACUUCUCCAGACUUUUGCUCUAACUUUGAAGAUGUGCAUAUUAUCUGGAGAGAACUGAGAAUCCCAAAUACUGUAGUUCCAGCUAUCCAAUUAUUAAUUCUAUUUCUAAUUUUUAAAAGGGAGAAUCCGACUUAUGUACAUCAUUGAAUGAAUAAUUCAAUCCAAAAAGAAUCUAUCGAGUCUGCAGGAAACACAUACGAUUCGAGCAUAAAUUAUGAGGAAGAUUCUCGAAAGUCACUGGAAAUAGCUGAAUCCCUCUUAUCAAAAGAUACUUGGAAGAACUUGUGGACUCUGUCUGAAAGAAAGAAACUGAUAGCUUCAUGUAUCCUUAGAGGGUUCCAACAAAUCACUGGAGUCAAUAUCAUCCUGAAUUAUGGCCUCUGGUUUGUGUAUGAUCAAAGAUUUCCUCGGAUCAAUUUAGCAUUUACUUUGGUAUUGUCCUCAAUGAUUUUUUUGAUUCCAUCAGUAUUCAUACUAAAAAGAUUUGGAAGAAAAUAACCUCUUUAUGACUGCUAUGAUCGUCUCAUGCCUUUGAUGAGGAAUAUUAUUCCAAAUGGUUGAGGAAGUAACAGUAGUAAAUGGAAGAAUCCCUGUAUUCCACAGUUUGCCAAAUCUAGUAUCAGCUGUGACAAUUUGAAUUUAUUUUAUCUCAUUUUGGCUGAAUUUUGCUUCAAUUCCUGUGCUUUACUGCACAGAGACUCUGACAGACAAAGGAAUGGCACUAUCUACUGCUUUUCAGUUAGGGCUGACUCUUCUACUAUUUUCCUUGCCAACACUUACUAUCCAAGUGAUUGAGCUGAUCCAUGGGAGACCAAGACUCCUUUUGGCAAGCUCAUUUUUCUUCUUUAUCUUUAGUGGGUUAUCAAUGUUGGGGUUCUUCUGUGCAGCCCUGUUUAUUAUCGAGACCAAAGGAAAGUCUAAGCAACAAAUUUCCAACGAUUUCAAAGAAAGAGUUUUCAGCUUCCAAAGUUCUGAAUUAUCGUAGUGAUCUUUCAAUGA